AUGCUUUUAAGAUUUAGACUUACAACAGUAACAACAGUAGCACCAUCAUCAUCUGAAGAAUCUACUACAGCAACUGUAUCAGACACUACAACAGUAACAACAGUUGCACCAUCAUCAUCUGAAGAAUCUACUACAGCAACUGUACCAGACACUACAACAGUAACAACAGUAGCACCAUCAUCAUCUGAAGAAUCUACUACAGCAACUGUAUCAGACACUACAACAGUAACAACAGUAGCACCAUCAUCAUCUGAAGAAUCUACUACAGCAACUGUACCAGACACUACAACAGUAACAACAGUAGCACCAUCAUCAUCUGAAGAAUCUACUACAGCAACUGUAUCAGACACUACAACAAUAACCACAGUAGCACCAUCAUCAUCUGAAGAAUCUACUACAGCAACUGUACCUGCCACUACAACAGUAACAACAGUAGCACCAUCAUCAUCUGAAGAAUCUACUACAGCAACUGUAUCAGACACUACAAUAGUAACCACCGUAGCACCAUCAUCAUCUGAAGAAUCUACUACAGCAACUGUACCUGCCACUACAACAGUAACAACAGUAGCACCAUCAUCAUCUGAAGAAUCUACUACAGCAACUGUACCUGCCACUACAACAGUAACAACAGUAGCACCAUCAUCAUCUGAAGAAUCUACUACAGCAACUGUAUCAGACACUACAAUAGUAACCACAGUAGCACCAUCAUCAUCUGAAGAAUCUACUACAGCAACUGUACCUGCCACUACAACAGUAACAACAGUUGCACCAUCAUCAUCUGAAGAAUCUACUACAGCAACUGUAUCAGACACUACAACAAUAACCACAGUAGCACCAUCAUCAUCUGAAGAAUCUACUACAGCAACUGUACAUGCCACUACAACUGUAACAACAGUAGCACCAUCAUCAUCUGAAGAAUCUACUACAGCAACUGUAUCAGACACUACAAUAGUAACCACAGUAGCACCAACAUCAUCUGAAGUAGCACCAUCAUCAUCUGAAGAAUCUACUACAGCAACUGUACCUGCCACUACAACAGUAACAACAAUUGCACCAUCAUCAUCUGAAGAAUCUAUUACAGCAACUCUAUCAGACACUACAACAGUAACAACAGUUGCACCAUCAUCAUCUGAAGAAUCUACUACAGCAACUGUAUCAGACACUACAAUAGUAACCACAGUAGCACCAUCAUCAUCUGAAGAAUCUACUACAGCAACUGUACCUGCCACUACAACAGUAACAACAGUUGCACCAUCAUCAUCUGAAGAAUCUACUACAGCAACUGUAUCAGACACUACAAUAGUAACCACCGUAGCACCAUCAUCAUCUGAAGAAUCUACUACAGCAACUGUACCUGCCACUACAACAGUAACAACAGUUGCACCAUCAUCAUCUGAAGAAUCUACUACAGCAACUGUAUCAGACACUACAACAAUAACCACAGUAGCACCAUCAUCAUCUGAAGAAUCUACUACAGCAACUGUACCUGCCACUACAACAGUAACAACUGUUGCACCAUCAUCAUCUGAAGAAUCUACUACAGCAACUGUAUCAGACACUACAAUAGUAACCACAGUAGCUCCAUCAUCAUCUGAAGAAUCUACUACAGCAACUGUACCUGCCACUACAACAGUAACAACAGUUGCACCAUCAUCAUCUGAAGAAUCUACUACAGCAACUGUAUCAGACACUACAAUAGUAACCACCGUAGCACCAUCAUCAUCUGAAGAAUCUACUACAGCAACUGUACCUGCCACUACAACAGUAACAACAGUUGCACCAUCAUCAUCUGAAGAAUCUACUACAGCAACUCUAUCAGACACUACAACAGUAACAACAGUUGCACCAUCAUCAUCUGAAGAAUCUACUACAGCAACUGUAUCAGACACUACAAUAGUAACAACAGUUGCACCAUCAUCAUCUGAAGAAUCUACUACAGCAACUGUACCUGCCACUACAACAGUAUCUACAGUUGCACCAUCAUCAUCUGAAGAAUCUACUACAGCAACUGUAUCAGACACUACAAUAGUAACCACAGUAGCACCAUCAUCAUCUGAAGAAUCUACUACAGCAACUGUACCUGCCACUACAACAGUAACAACAGUUGCACCAUCAUCAUCUGAAGAAUCUACUACAGCAACUGUAUCAGACACUACAAUUAUAACCACCGUAGCACCAUCAUCAUCUGAAGAAUCUACUACAGCAACUGUACCUGCCACUACAACAGUAACAACAGUUGCACCAUCAUCAUCUGAAGAAUCUACUACAGCAACUGUACCUGCCACUACAACAGUAUCUGAAGAAUCUACUACAGCAACUGUAUCAGACACUACAAUAGUAACAACAGUUGCACCAUCAUCAUCUGAAGAAUCUACUACAGCAACUGUACCUGCCACUACAACAGUAACAACAGUUGCACCAUCAUCAUCUGAAGAAUCUACUACAGCAACUGUAUCAGACACUACAACAAUAACCACAGUAGCACCAUCAUCAUCUGAAGAAUCUACUACAGCAACUGUACCUGCCACUACAACAGUAACAACAGUUGCACCAUCAUCAUCUGAAGAAUCUACUACAGCAACUGUAUCAGACACUACAAUAGUAACCACAGUAGCUCCAUCAUCAUCUGAAGAAUCUACUACAGCAACUGUACCUGCCACUACAACAGUAACAACAGUUGCACCAUCAUCAUCUGAAGAAUCUACUACAGCAACUGUAUCAGACACUACAAUAGUAACCACAGUAGCUCCAUCAUCAUCUGAAGAAUCUACUACAGCAACUGUACCUGCCAUUACAACAGUAACAACAGUUGCACCAUCAUCAUCUGUAGAAUCUACUACAGCAACUGUAUCAGACACUACAAUGGUAACCACAGUAGCACCAUCAUCAUCUGAAGAAUCUACUACAGCAACUGUACCUGCCACUACAGUAGUAACAACAGUUGCACCAUCAUCAUCUGAAGAAUCUACUACAGCAACUGUAUCAGACACUACAAUAAUAACCACAGUAGCACCAUCAUCAUCUGAAGAAUCUACUACAGCAACUGUACCUGCCACUACAACAGUAACAACAGUUGCACCAUCAUCAUCUGAAGAAUCUACUACAGCAACUCUAUCAGACACUACAACAGUAACAACAGUUGCACCAUCAUCAUCUGAAGAAUCUACUACAGCAACUGUAUCAGACACUACAAUAGUAACAACAGUUGCACCAUCAUCAUCUGAAGAAUCUACUACAGCAACUGUACCUGCCACUACAACAGUAUCUACAGUUGCACCAUCAUCAUCUGAAGAAUCUACUACAGCAACUGUAUCAGACACUACAAUAGUUACCACAGUAGCACCAUCAUCAUCUGAAGAAUCUACUACAGCAACUGUACCUGCCACUACAACAGUAACAACAGUUGCACCAUCAUCAUCUGAAGAAUCUACUACAGCAACUGUAUCAGACACUACAAUAGUAACCACCGUAGCACCAUCAUCAUCUGAAGAAUCUACUACAGCAACUGUACCUGCCACUACAACAGUAACAACAGUUGCACCAUCAUCAUCUGAAGAAUCUACUACAGCAACUGUAUCAGACACUACAACAAUAACCACAGUAGCACCAUCAUCAUCUGAAGAAUCUACUACAGCAACUGUACCUGCCACUACAACAGUAACAACAGUUGCACCAUCAUCAUCUGAAGAAUCUACUACAGCAACUGUAUCAGACACUACAAUAGUAACCACAGUAGCUCCAUCAUCAUCUGAAGAAUCUACUACAGCAACUGUACCUGCCACUACAACAGUAACAACAGUUGCACCAUCAUCAUCUGAAGAAUCUACUACAGCAACUGUAUCAGACACUACAAUAGUAACCACCGUAGCACCAUCAUCAUCUGAAGAAUCUACUACUGCAACUGUAUCAGACACUACAAUAAUAACAACAGUUGCACCAUCAUCAUCUGAAGAAUCUACUACAGCAACUGUACCUGCCACUACAACAGUAACAACAGUAGCACCAUCAUCAUCUGAAGAAUCUACUACAGCAACUGUAUCGGACACUACAAUAGUAACCACAGUAGCUCCAUCAUCAUCUGAAGAAUCUACUACAGCAACUGUAUCAGACACUACAAUAAUAACAACAGUUGCACCAUCAUCAUCUGAAGAAUCUACUACAGCAACUGUACCUGCCACUACAACAGUAACAACAGUUGCACCAUCAUCAUCUGAAGAAUCUACUACAGCAACUGUAUCAGACACUACAACAAUAACCACAGUAGCACCAUCAUCAUCUGAAGAAUCUACUACAGCAACUCUAUCAGACAGUACAACAGUAACAACAGUUGCACCAUCAUCAUCUGAAGAAUCUACUACAGCAACUGUACCUGCCACUACAACAGUAACAACAGUUGCACCAUCAUCAUCUGAAGAAUCUACUACAGCAACUGUAUCAGACACUACAAUAGUAACCACCGUAGCACCAUCAUCAUCUGAAGAAUCUACUACAGCAACUGUACCUGCCACUACAACAGUAACAACAGUUGCACCAUCAUCAUCUGAAGAAUCUACUACAGCAACUGUAUCAGACACUACAACAAUAACCACAGUAGCACCAUCAUCAUCUGAAGAAUCUACUACAGCAACUGUACCUGCCACUACAACAGUAACAACAGUUGCACCAUCAUCAGUUGCACCAUCAUCAUCUGAAGAAUCUACUACAGCAACUGUACCUGCCACUACAACAGUAACAACAGUAGCACCAUCAUCAUCUGAAGAAUCUACUACAGCAACUGUAUCGGACACUACAAUAGUAACCACAGUAGCUCCAUCAUCAUCUGAAGAAUCUACUACAGCAACUGUAUCAGACACUACAAUAAUAACAAUAGUUGCACCAUCAUCAUCUGAAGAAUCUACUACAGCAACUGUAUCAGACACUACAAUAGUAACCACAGUAGCACCAUCAUCAUCUGAAGAAUCUACUACAGCAACUGUAUCAGACACUACAAUAGUAACAACAGUAGCAGAAUCAUCAUCUGAAGAAUCUACUACAGCAACUGUACCUGCCACUACAACAGCAACAACAGUUGCACCAUCAUCAUCUGAAGAAUCUACUACAGCAACUGUAUCAGACACUACAAUAGUUACCACUGUAGCACAAUCAUCAUCUGAAGAAUCUACUACAGCAACUGUAUCAGACACUACAACAGUAACAACAGUUGCACCAUCAUCUGAAGAAUCAACUACAGCAACUGUAUCAGACACUACAAUAGUUACCACUGUGGCACCAUCAUCAUCUGAAGAAUCUACUACAGCAACUGUACCUGCCACUACAACAGACACCACAGUAGCACCAUCAUCAUCUGAAGAAUCUACUACAGCAACUGUAUCAGACACUACAAUAGUAACAACAGUUUCACCAUCAUCAUCUGAAGAAUCUACUACAGCAACUGUACCUGCCACUACAACAGUAACAACAGUAGCACCAUCAUCAUCUGAAGAAUCUACUACAACAACUGUACCUGCCACUACAACAGUAACAACAGUUGCACCAUCAUCAUCUGAAGAAUCUACUACAGCAACUGUGUCAGACACUACAAUAGUAACCACAGUAGCAGAAUCAUCAUCUGAAGAAUCUACUACAGCAACUGUACCUGCCACUACAACAGCAACAACAGUUGCACCAUCAUCAUCUGAAGAAUCUACUACAGCAACUGUAUCAGACACUACAAUAGUUACCACUGUAGCACAAUCAUCAUCUGAAGAAUCUACUACAGCAACUGUAUCAGACACUACAACAGUAACAACAGUUGCACCACCAUCUGAAGAAUCUACUACAGCAACUGUAUCAGACACUACAAUAGUUACCACUGUGGCACCAUCAUCAGCUGAAGAAUCUACUACAGCAACUGUACCUGCCACUACAACAGACACCACAGUAGCACCAUCAUCAUCUGAAGAAUCUACUACAGCAACUGUAUCAGACACUACAAUAGUAACAACAGUUUCACCAUCAUCAUCUGAAGAAUCUACUACAGCAACUGUACCUGCCACUACAACAGUAACAACAGUAGCACCAUCAUCAUCUGAAGAAUCUACUACAACAACUGUACCUGCCACUACAACAGUAACAACAGUUGCACCAUCAUCAUCUGAAGAAUCUACUACAGCAACUGUGUCAGACACUACAAUAGUAACCACAGUAGCAGAAUCAUCAUCUGAAGAAUCUACUACAGCAACUGUACCUGCCACUACAACAGCAACAACAGUUGCACCAUCAUCAUCUGAAGAAUCUACUACAGCAACUGUAUCAGACACUACAAUAGUUACCACUGUAGCACAAUCAUCAUCUGAAGAAUCUACUACAGCAACUGUAUCAGACACUACAACAGUAACAACAGUUGCACCAUCAUCUGAAGAAUCUACUACAGCAACUGUAUCAGACACUACAAUAGUUACCACUGUGGCACCAUCAUCAUCUGAAGAAUCUACUACAGCAACUGUACCUGCCACUACAACAGAAACCACAGUAGCACCAUCAUCAUCUGAAGAAUCUACUACAGCAACUGUAUCAGACACUACAAUAGUAACAACAGUUUCACCAUCAUCAUCUGAAGAAUCUACUACAGCAACUGUACCUGCCACUACAACAGUAACAACAGUAGCACCAUCAUCAUCUGAAGAAUCUACUACAGCUACUGUAUCAGACACUACAAUAGUAACAACAGUAGCACCAUCAUCAUCUGAAGAAUCUACUACAGCAACUGUACCUGCCACUACAACAGUAACCACAGUAGCACCAUCAUCAUCUGAAGAAUCUACUACAGCAACUGUACCUGCCACUACAACAGUAACAACGGUAGCACCAUCAUCAUCUGAAGAAUCUACUACAGCAACUGUAUCAGACACUACAAUAGAAUCCACAGUAGCACCAUCAUCAUCUGAAGAAUCUACUACAGCAACUGUACCUGCCACUACAACAGUAACAACAGUAGCACCAUCAUCAUCUGAAGAAUCUACUACAGCAACUGUACCAGCCACUACAACAGUAACAACAGUAGCACCAUCAUCAUCUGAAGAAUCUACUACAGCAACUGUAUCAGACACUACAAUAGUAACCACAGUAGCACCAUCAUCAUCUGAAGAAUCUACUAUAGGAUCAUCAACUCCAGCAACAUCAACUGUAUCAUCUUUAGAGACAACAUCAUCAUCUACAGCCUUAAGUCCAGCAGCUACGACAGCAUCAUCUUCAACUACAACCAUAGCCACCACUACAGAACUAUCUACAACAAUAAGUCAAGCAACCACAACUUCAUCACCUACAUCUACAACUUCAUUAACAACAACAACAGUAUCUACAGCAGCAACUCCUGCAAAUACUACUGAAUCAUCUACAAGUCCAGCCACCACAACAUCACCAUCUAUAGCAACAACAGCAACAAGUCCAGCCACCACAACUUCAUCAACUACAUCUACAACUCCAUUAACAACAACAUUACCUACAACAGAAUCUUCUACAACAAUAAGUCAAGCAACCCCAACAUCAUCAUCUACAGCAACUACUAGUCCAGUAACUACAUCAUCUUCAACAACUCCAGCCACCACAACAGCAUCUAUAACAACACCAGCAGUAACUAGUCCAGUAACAACAACAUUAUAUACAGCAACUCAGUCAACCACAAUAUUAUCUUCUAUAGCAACAACAACAGCAACCAGUCCAGCAACCACAACAUCAUCUACAACAACUCCAGCUACCACAUCUGCAUCGUCUAUUGCAACAACAACAGCAACCAGUCCAGCAACCACAACAUCAGCUACACCUCUAGCUAUCACAACAGCAUCAUCUCUAGCAACAACAACAGCAUCUAGUCCAGCAACCACAACAUCAUCUACAACAACUCAAGCUUAUACAACAGCGUCAUCUAUAGCAACAACAGCAACAACCAGUCCAGCAACAACAACAUCAUCUACAACAACUCCAGCUACCACAUCUGCAUCGUCUAUUGCAUCAACAACAGCAUCUAGUCCAGUAACCACAUUAUCUUCUUCAACUCUGGCUACUACAACAGCUUCAUCUAUAGCAACAGCAGCAGCAACCAGUCCAGCAACAACAUCGUCUACACCAACUCAAUCUACAGCAACCAGUCCAGCAACAACAUCGUCUACACCAACUCAAUCUACAGCAACAACAGCAACCAGUCCAGCAACAACAUCGUCUACAACAACUCAAGCUACAGCAACCAGUCCAGCAACAACAACAUCAUCAGUAGCAACCAUGACAUCACCUACAGUAACAACUACAAUGACCCCACCAUCCACAACAGCUUUGCCAUCAACUAGCCAGCCCACAUUAACUACAUAUCUAACAACAAAACUAACUACCCUCCAAGCUGAUACCACAACAUCCAUGCCUACCACCAUGCCUUCAGAUGAUAAAGUGCAACAAGCCCUGUACGAGUUUGGGGCCAAUGCUGGAGACUUUAAUAUUACACUUGCAGAGAGCUUAAGCCAAACUGUUUACUUUAGCAAUGGGGUGCCAUUUGGAUCUAGCGUCAUGUCAUAUGCUCAUGUUUUGUUCAACGGUGCUCUAACUUUUGGUGAGCCCAGGACAGCCAACUCACAGAACUUGCAGGCUGCGUAUUCCCGUGGUCAGAGUGUUGUGGCCCCAUUCUGGACCACGAUGGACCCAUGUGACCAGUCUCAGAAAGUCUGGUACCACUUGUACGAGUCCCAGAGAACUUCUGGCUCUUAUUUUUAUUCACCGCAACUCAACAAAACUUUAGAGAAAGCUUCCAGAGAGGUAGCUACGUUUUAUCCCAGCUCUGGAGAUUUUAAGGCGUCGACCGUUCUUGUGGCCACAUGGGACAGUGUGCGCCCCCUGGCGUGGUACUCAUGCAGUAACAACGCCAGCUCACAGGCACCAGAAACGAACACCUUCCAGCUGAUCUACGCAACAGAUGGUGAAAAGGCUUACACCAUUACCAUGUAUAAGAGUAACGGCAUGUCGUGGAGUUACGUACAGAACAGACGUAUUGUGGUGGGCUAUGUCAACCCUAAUACUGUUAGAGACCUGGGGGUGACCAGCACUGUCUUGACCACUUACCUGGGACAAAGCGUUGGCACUGCAGGGAGGUAUGGGACGUACAUUGAUAAAGUGGGUGAAGCCCAAAACCAGGCCCAGAGAUGCAGCAACUUCUACCAGAAGAACAUAGCCCUGGCGGAGAGCGCCAAGUUCAAGCAGGACAUGGACCAGCUGUUCCAGUGUCCCUGCACGUUGGAGAGGCUGGGGAAGCAGUGGUGGCUGUUGGAGCAGAGGGGCGCCAACAACAACAUCUACUGCUACGCCAUAACUCCACUACACCUCAGCAAGGUUCUGCCUGGGAACAAGUUAAAUAAACUCUGCUGCUACCUGUACGAGCCCCCCACAGGUAAUUCCAGUGAUUGGCGGCAGUGGUCCAACGCCUGGCGUAAUGCCCAUUACAUCACAGGUGUGCCUGAGGCUGGACAUAUCCUGACACAAGAUCCGUUUGGUGACCUGCGCAGGUCAGCUGAGGAGGACAUGAACCCAAAGAUUUGGUGCUGUAAGGAUUCUACCAGGCAACACUGUGACCUCUUCAACCAGGUCAGGCCUGAUAUGGGCUGUAGCCUCAGUGCUGAAUAUGUAACUGCUGAUUUUUACGGUGACCCCCAUAUUGUGACUUUGGACAUGAACAAUUACACCUUGAAUGGGUGGGCUGAGUACACUAUGAUGGACAUCAAGGAGAAAAAUUUUAUGCUUCAGACUAGGACAGACCGUGCAGAGAGUGCUAAUGGAUCCUUGACAAACGCAACAGUGUUUGUGGCCUUUGCUGCCAGACAACUCAAUACAGCAAGACUGCAAGUGGAGCUUUCUCUGAGCAAAACUGCUAUGACCAUCUUUGGGGACGACCAGGACCUGACCACUGAGUUUUAUGCCAACACAGACUUUAGGAAGUCUUUGGAAAACUUCACAGUAGAGCGGGAUGACACUGGCAACAAAACCUACCUCAUUGCCUCGUUUCCUGCAGGAGUGAGCCUAAAGAUCUCCAUAGGACUCAAAAGUUUGGACCUGACUGUUGAGCUUACUAAAAAUCUGGCCGGAAAAACAACUGGACUUCUGGGAAAUUUUAAUGGAAAUCCUUCAGAUGAUUUUGUUCUUCCAAAUGGCACAGUUCUCAAUUCAAGUCAAACUGAUACUGAAAGAAAAAUCUUCGAAAACUUUGGAAAACAAUGGGAGGUAACAGAGAGUAACACUAUUUUUAAAUACAAGUAUGGAGAGAGUGCUAAAAACUACAGCCACCCAGAGUUCGUGCCCUUGUUCAAGGAGGAAGCGAAUCAGGCAGAUAUGGCUGCUGCAGUAGCACUAUGUGGCAACAAUGAUGCUUGUGUCUUUGAUUAUCUGGCCACUGGGAGUAAGGCUUUUGCUGGCCUGACCAAGUCCACUAGUGAUGAGUCCACGGCUACGAGAGUUUCUUUAUCCAACAGUUUGCCCAUGUUGAAUGUCACCUCUGGACUCAACAACAACAGCCAGUGGGAGGUUGUGGCCAACAAACCAGCGACCCUCACUGUCCGUGCCACUGACCCUGACGGUGACGCCAUCACUUAUGUCAUACUCAACAAUGUCAAAGGAGUCUCCAUCGCAAACAAUGGAACUAUUUUCUAUAAUUUACCCAACCCCAAUGAGCCUGUGUCUAUCGUGGUCAUUGCCAAUGAUUCCAAAGGAGGACUGUCCAAUUCUGUCAACAUCCCUGUGUCCAUGUGUCCUGACUGUAGUGGACACGGCACUUGUGACCCAAAUGUCAUCAGGUCAUCUGCCAAUGGGACAAGCUUUGUUGUGCAUGGGUGCAGUUGUUUCCCUGCUUAUACAGGUGAAAAUUGUGAUAAAGAUUACAACGCGUGUGUAGACUCCCCUUGUGCAGUUGGCCAGAACUGUACAGACAUGACAGCAGCUCAACAGGGAAAUAACUCUAUUGGGUACACAUGUGGCCCUUGUCCUACUGGCUAUGAGAAGAACACAAGGAACACAUGCGUUGACAUCAAUGAAUGCAAUGUCAACAAUGUUUGUAGCCAGAAUUGUACAAACACAGAUGGAUCCUUUUUCUGUUUUUGCUCCAAUGGAUUCAGAUUGAAUUCAGAUUUAAAAACAUGCAGAGACAUCAAUGAGUGUGAGGAGCAGACCAACAACUGUGAACAAAAAUGUGUCAACGUUGAUGGAGGCUACAAGUGUGAAUGUCUUGAAGGUUACACCAUACAAAAUGGCUCUUGCAAACUUGAUGCUGCUCUGAAUACAACCUGUUCAACACUGGCCUGUGGUCAGUUGUGUGUGGUGACCAAUGGCCGAGCAACAUGUGCAUGCAGGCAGGGGUAUGCACUACAGGGUGACAACAAGACAUGCACCAAUAUCAAUGAGUGUGGUCUAGCUAAAAAGCCCUGCAGCCAGACAUGUACUGACACAGAUGGAGGCUUCAACUGUUCCUGUUACCUUGGUUACUCACUUGCAGCUGACAAAAUUUCCUGCACAGCUUGUCCUGCCAAGUAUUACGGUGAAAACUGUAAAAGUCUUUGUCAGUGUAAUGGCCACGGUACGUGUGACCCAGUACGUGGCUGUGUGUGUAGCCAGGGGUGGGAGGGCACCAACUGUAUCACAGACAUCAACGAGUGUGAGAGAAGGCUGGACAACUGCUCCACCGGAGAAAUUUGUGUCAACUCUGUUGGUGGCUUUAGCUGUGUAUGCCCAGCAGGGUACUCAAGGAUUAGUGGGACUUGUCAAGACAUUAAUGAGUGCGCCGACGUUUCAAGUAACACCUGUAACCUGACUGUUGAAACCUGCAGAAAUAACAUCGGCAGUUACACCUGCAACUGCAAGACAGGUUAUGCCAGAAGGAGUGAUGGUGUCUGUGCAGAUGUGGAUGAGUGUACCACAGGAACCGAUGUAUGCCAGCAAAAGUGCAUCAACACAGAAGGCAGCUACAACUGUCAGUGUUAUGAUGGCUUUGACUUGAUUGAUGACAGGGUCACUUGUAGGAAAACUGCUGCCAGUGUGUGUGAUGACUCGAUGAUGUGUAGCCAUGGCUGUACAGUGGAGGGGGGUGUACAGAGAUGUUUCUGUAAUGCUGGCUAUCAGCUCAAUGCUGAUAAUAAAACUUGUGAUGAUAUUGAUGAAUGUGCUUCACCUACCACCAACAAAUGCAGCAGUAACGCCAACUGCAGUAACACCAACUCUAGCUACAUCUGCACCUGCAAGGAUGGAAGCAAGCUGGAAAAUGAUGGCCGCACCUGUUCAGCCUGUACCAGUGGAACGUGGGGUGUGAACUGCUCCAAGUAUUGCGCCUGCUCCACUGGUGCCUCACGAUGUGAUGCUGUUACUGGUUGUGUGUGCUCCCCAGGGUACAGUGGUACUUUCUGUGAUAAGAACAUCAACCAGUGUGAGACAAGGGACAUAACCUGUAACAACAGCACUGAGGACUGUAUUGACAGACCAGGGGUGGACUUUUGCAGGUGUAAGGCUGGAUACAGAAAUGGAACUUCAGGAUGUGAAGAUAUCAAUGAGUGUUUGGACAAUAAAUUAAACACUUGUUCCCAAAACUGCACCAACCAGAAUGGAGGCUACACUUGCUCAUGUUUCCCUGGCUACCAGUCUAACUCCACAUCAGGUGUCUGUAUUGAUAUAAAUGAAUGUGAGAUGAACAUGAGCAAAUGUACACACUUCUGCAACAACACAAAUGGCAACUUUAUCUGUACGUGUAGGCCAGGCUACAAACUGAUGCCUGAUGGGUUCACUUGUGAAGAUAUAGAUGAAUGUUCUGUACAAAAUGGCAACUGUGUACAGAACUGUACAAACACACCAGGCAGUUUCAGCUGUUCCUGUUUCAGUGGAUACCUGUACAACAGCUCAUCCAAUACCUGCGCAGACAUUGAUGAAUGUGCUAACUCAACUCUGAACAACUGCCUACAACUACAAAACUGUACAAAUACACCAGGCAGCUUCAAUUAUGUAGAUGAAUGUGCUAACUCAACUCUCAACAUCUGCCAACAAAAUUGUACCAACAUACCAGGCAGCUACAAUUGUUCAUGUUUUAGUGGAUAUUUUUACAACACUACACUCAAGACUUGCCAAGAUAUAGACGAAUGCUUGGACAAGACUUUAAAUACUUGUGACCAGCAAUGUACAAACAACAAUGGCAGCUACACCUGCUCAUGUAACAAUGAUUACUUUUGGAACAAUGAUACCAAAAAAUGUCAAGAAGGGAUACCGUUCAUGGCACAACUGAACUUCAUUGUGGAUGUUAGCCAUGUAAACUUUACUGAUACAUCCAGCAGCAGUUACAUAAUCCUGAAGGAUCAGGUGAACAAUGAGCUGAGCCAGAACAUGAGGAGUAGUCUACCACUUUUGAAACAACUGACAGUUACAGAAAUGAGAAGAGAUGCCUGGGAGAAACUGCAUGGUUGA